UCUCUCUCUCUCUCUCUCUCAAUCUCUCUCCUCCUCUCCAGCUUUUUUUCCUGGGGUGUGUGCUCUUUUUUGUGCGUCCCCUUGCACUGUCUUCUUCUCUCAGUCAUCUGUGGCGCUUCCCGGAGGAAACACGGGAUCUCUCCACUCUCUUCUUUGAACCCCGCACUCUUCUGACCACUCUUCUCCGCCACUCUUGUUUAUUUUGCAUGAGAGGGAUGAGUUCGAACAGUGAAAUGGAGGAGGCAGUGGAAGGGAGCAGCCGGGAGCCAGAGAGUCUGGAGAUGAAUAAGUUGCGUCAGAGCCUUCGCCGGAAGAAGCCCACAUACGUGCCCGAGGCCAGCCGACCCCACCAGUGGCAGGCCGACGAGGAGGCAGUGCGCAAGGGCAAAUGCAGCUUCCCCGUGCGGUAUCUGGGCUUGGUGGAGGUGGAUGAGUCCAGGGGAAUGCAUGUGUGUGAAGAGGCGGUGAAGAAACUCAAAGUUAGUGGGAAGAAAACGGUGAAAGCGGUUCUGUGGGUGUCCGCAGACGGCCUCAGGGUUGUGGACGACAAGACCAAGGAUCUCAUUGUGGACCAGACCAUUGAGAAGGUGUCCUUCUGUGCGCCUGACCGCAACUACGACAAAGCCUUCUCCUACAUCUGCCGUGACGGCACCACCCGCAGAUGGAUAUGCCACUGCUUCAUGGCGCUCAAGGACUCGCGGGCGCUGAAGGAGUGCGGGCGCCACCGCCGCUCUCGACGCCAGCCGCGACGCCGCUCGUCCGCUGGCGGCUCCUUCCGGGUGACGUCGGGCAGCCAGCAGAACGAACAGCAACUCCAGGAUAAGAAGAAAGAGCCAUGUGUGUCAGCCAUGCCGCCUGGCAACGCCUCACCUCCAGAGGGCGCCGCAUCGCCAGGGGACCGCGGCGAGCCACAUGCCGUCAUCCCGCGGCGCCAUGCCCCCCUGGAGCAGCUGGUGCGCCAGGGCUCGUUCCGCGGGUUCCCCGCACUCAGCGGGAAGAACUCGCCCUUCAAGCGCCAGCUCUCGCUGCGCCUAAAUGACCUGCCCUCCACACUGCAGCGCAAGACCGACUUCCAGACCAAGAACCCAGUCCCCGAGAUGGACCUGACUGUGUCCGGAGAGGCGGACAGCAUCAACGCACUGUGCAGCCAAAUAAACAUGUCCUUCACCAAACCAUCCGAGGAGCUGUGUGCCAAACCCUCCACAAAUGGCUUGCCAGUCAGCACCAUCCCCAUGAUCCCCCCUCCGCCUGCCCCCCUGCAGGCCACCACCUUGUGGGUGCAGACGGAGAGCCCAGUGCAGGCGCCCCCUGCUGGCCCCCAGGGGGGUCACAAGCGAACCCCCUCGGAAGCCGAGCGCUGGCUGGAGGAGGUCUCCAAGGCGGUGAAGUCCACGCAGUCGACGCCACCCCUCCCUCCUCCGCCCACCCAGCAGCCCCCUCCGGUGCCCACGCUGCCCGGUCCUCCGGUGCCCACCCUGCCCGGUCCGCCGGUGCCCACUAUGGCGGUUCCUCCGAUACCAUCCAUGGCAGGCCAGCCGGGCUCCCUGCCCACGUCCAUGCAGCCGUUCCCACUGGCGUUCGACGCCACCCCAGCGCCGGUUGGCAUGUUCGGCCAGCCGCCCCUCCAGCCUGCCUUCGUGCCCAUGCAGGCCUACAUGCCCACCAUGGCCAACAGCAUGACAUACCCCAACGCCAGCGUUCCAGUGGUGGGCAUCACCCCAUCCCAGAUGGUGGCCAACGUCUUCUGCACGGCGGCCGGGUCAGGCGGAGCUGCAGCCUGCAUGGGAGUGAACAUGGGGCCCAAGACCGGCGCGAUGAACACCGGACACCAACCGGCCUUCCCCAACCUUCCCGGCGGCUUCCCAACAGUGCCCUUCACCACUACGCCAGUGGUCAACGGCCUUCCACACAACCCCAUCAGUGUAACGUCCAACGGGGCGAAUCACUGCACGGGAGGCACCAGUAUGAGCAUGGUGGGCAGCCUGGCCAGCAUGGGCAGCAUUGGCAUCGGCGGCAGCAGCGGUGGCAGCGGUGGUAGCAGCUGGCCCAUGGACGGCGCGCCGCCACUGUCGGCCAACCCGCCGGCUGACUCUCAGGAGGCCGAGCGCUUCGAGGCGAAGUGGGCGGCCCUCGAGUCCAAAACACAGCCCAAAACAGCCAACCCCUUUUCCAACGACUUACAAAAGACCUUUGAGAUCGAGCUUUAACUGUGUCGAACAGUGCCAGGGGAUGGGGGGUGGUGGGCUGGCCCCCGUCCCCAACGCAAGACUGAAACCACUUUGCUCCACCAACCCCCCACCUCCGCUUUCCUUCUCCUGUGUAGAUUUUAUCCUCCUUUUUUCUGUCUACCGAGAGAGUUUCCAGCAGGCACCUGUACCCUGAACGCCAUGAGAGGAUUGUUUCCAUGUUGGGGGAGGGGGGGAAGGGGUUGUCACCUUGCAUUCUGCGCCCGUUCAAGAAGCCCCCUCCCAGAACACUAAAAGCCCUAGAGGACACAUCAGUCACUGAGUCAUGCGUGCCAGACCUCCGUCAUGGCAUUAAGACAGCGAGUCGACGCUUGAGUUCAUAGGAACUGUCAUGAGCGAUGAUCACCAUUCACGAGCAAAUGAGGAAAAAGACUGUGAGUGCUUAGCUGAUGAACUGAACAGAUGGUCCGGUUUGCUAUUUAUUAUUUUACAUUUUUACGAGCUAUAUGUUAAAAUCUGAUAUUUUUAUUCCACAAAAAAGACAUGGGUAUGUUUUGAUGGUUUCCCUGUAUUUAUUUCUGUUGAGCGGGAAAAUGGGAACUGUAAUUUUGAGCGGGAGGACAAAUGACUCACAACACGAAAAAGCUGUGUAAUGUGAGCCAUAUUGAUGGAUGCUGUGCCGACUGACGAGAGAGCGUGUGCGAGAGAGAGGGAGAAAAGGAACGAGUGAGAGAAAGAAAGAGAGUGUGUGUAAAUAGCAUGUUUCUUUUUUACUCUCCCUCUAUUUACUAUCCCCCGAGUGUGGCUUUCACUUGUUAUACAACCUCAGUGAGUCACUGUUGAAACCACCAUGUCACUAGGCCCUUCAUUACACUUGGCCCGCCUCACUAGGGCCACCGGAAUGUGGUAGAGUGUUCUGGAAGCUUCAUGAAUGGUACAUCUGACAUCAGAAAGGGCCAUGGAGUCCAGUUCUUCAUUACAGUGCUUUUUUUUUUAAUGUUCACCAAAGGGAAGUUGUCAUUGUGCAGCCAGACUCAAAGGUCAUAGAGGAUUAAGAUGAUGGUUUGUCCUUGUGUAGAGCGCCUGUAAGAGCCUUGAGAGGAAUGUCUCGGAGUAGGAGGUAGAAGACAUCAAACUGCCCCAGAUAGCAAGCGGUUCUGGGACACAAGUGGCCCUGAUCUGGCAUGAAUCUGGCACCACAUUGGCUUCCAUGGCAGUUGCUAUUUAGAAUGCUGCUACUACUGAACCUUCCUGUCUCCUGGAGAGACAGUUACACCAUUAUCCAGGCACAGUAAUCAAAGAGGCGAAGAAGAAAAUCAGUAUCAGAAGGAAUAGUAAAAUACAUUGUUCUUUUUAGAGAAAGACCUCGAGACCUGAUCAGUUCUGCAACUCAGGUCUGAAGAAGACAGGGCACACCAUCUCAUCCAACAGCAGCAGCAGCAGCACUGACAUUUAGAAAAGGUUAUGGCGUCGUGCAGGGUUUGUUUGAGCUGGCGCGUUGAAUUUUGUAGGGGAUGACUGCAGGUAGAGAACUUCAGAGGGAUAGGAAAGGUUGACUGAAGAGGGCUGAAUUAGAAAAGAGAGGGACGGAAAGAACGAAGGAAGAGGAGAAAAAAGUGAAAGAAGCAGAAAUUACUUAUUGCUCAGAGAAUGUGGAGGACUAGGGAAAGUCAAUGAAGGCCUUUGUGAAGGGAUUGGCAGGUUAUGAUUGUUUAAGCACAGAUGAAUUGAUUGGAAAAGAAUUUUGCUAAAAGGGAAAAAGUGAUUGAACGCUAUGUGGAAAAAGCUGUGUUUCCUUUUAUUUUUUUAUAUCGAAUGAGGUUCCAAAUGUUCUUAUUUAUUAUUUUAUCACUGACAAAGAAUUUAUUUUUUCAAGUAAUCCAAAAGUUUGACCCUCAAACUUGUUAUUUCCAUUCCAUCAGAUAGACAAAAUGAGGGAAUUGUGUCACAUUGUGCCAAUUCCUGUGGCUGUUUUCAUGUAUUUUAAACAGUAUGUACACAUCAGUUUCUUUUUUAUCUCUCCUAAAGCAACUAAUGAAUAAAUACUAAUAAACAGAGCAGAGAAUACUGUGCAGGGCAUUCCAUGCUCCUAAUGGCAUGAUGGUCCAAUGACUUUGACCAAAUGAACCAAACAAGCCUGGCAUGAUAAAGGAUUCAGUGGCCCCAAUAGAGAACCGAGGGAUGGGAUUUGCACAGGGAUUCCUGGAGGGUGAGGGCAUUUCCCAGGCAUGGAAAAGAGCUAGAAGGCCGAAAUUCAAAAAGCAAAAUGUCCAUCUUCCCUGACAACUGCAGAACCAGAGAUCAGCUUUGUGGCCCCGAAGGCUGUAGUAGGGACUUUGAAGGGUUGUUUUGCCAGACUCUGUUGUGACUUCAGGAAAAAUGGAAAUAAAUAUGACACACUGACAUACACACACACAUACAUACAUACAUACACACACACACACACACACACACACACACACACACACACACACACACACACACACACACAAAACACACAUGCUUUCAGUUAUUCAGAGCUCCUUGACUGGAUUCAGCUGAUAGCUUGGCAAAUUGAAUGGUUUAUUUUCUUAAUUUGCGGGUCAUUAACUCCUACUUAGCGGGCCAAACAAGGCCAUCCCUCUCUCUUUGUGUGGCACAAUGACACUCUUGCCUAAUCCCCCGUCCCAAAGACAUGAACGUGGUUGGUAGGGUAGGGGAUUCCUGACUAGCUUUCCAGGAAAUGUUUUUCAUUAUUUUGAAGUGGGGAAGUGAUGCCCCGUGUUUUAUGCAGAGGACAGUCAUGGUGGAAUUGGUGUUAAUUUAUUGGCUCUGGCCCUUUUGUCCACAAUAAAAAAAUAAUUAAAUAAAUGAAAUUAAAAUGUAGGUUCUUCAAAACAAACUAAAUUACCUCAUAAACUUGAUUGUAAAACUGUAGUGUAGUGAUAACAAGCCAGUGGAGUUUAUUUUUAAUCUUUAUUUACAGAAUUUUGUAUUUAAACCUACAUAUUUGUAUUGUAAUUACAUU